AUGAAACUUUUUGCUUAUUUUGCAGUUAUUACUUUAUCGUCGGCCAGUUUAAUUGACCUACUCAAAAGAGCCACUACCAAUGAAUGUUCUAUAGACUCUUGCUACAAGGCUUCUCAAACAUUAUGGAAUAAGUGUGGUGAUGGUAUCUCCAACUUUAAAUGUCUUUGUGACUUGCCACAAUCCUAUUUUCAAGAUUUGUAUGAUUGUUCCAAUACGUGUGGUACUUUACAAGAAUCUGAUAUCCAUAGCCCAUCAGAUAUAAAACAGCUUUAUUGCGAUGCUGCCUCAAAUAAUUUAUACACUUUCUCCAUUCCUUCCAUCUCCUUGGAUAUGAUUAACUAUACUGAUUUUGAAACAGAUACUGAAUCUACAACUGAAAUUGACACAAGAUCCAAAACAGAAACAGGAACUACAACUUCAGGUAGUGUUGAUGUUGCUAAAACUCAGCAAACUGGUGGUGCAAGUAGCACUGCUAACUCCGAAACAAAGUCCGGAAGCGGUACUACCAGCAAAGCAAGCAGUACUUCUGUGAGCGAAGCUAAAACGGCGAGUGGGUCUUCUAGUAGUGGAAAAUCAAGUUCAGCCACUAGUGCAUCUUCAACUCAACAGACUACUAGUCUUGCUGGUGCAGCAUCAGGUACCUUUGUUUCUUUAUUGGGUUUAUUUGCUGCUUUAUUGAUUUAA